AAGGAGGAUUUCUUUUGGAAAGGUGCUGCCCGUUUUGGCUUUCCUCGGUAGUUUAUAAAUUAUAAGUGAUGCUCUGCUACCUCAGCUUCAACAUUUCUCUCUGCUUUCUCCUCUCUUUUUAGAGCUAGGAAUCUUGGAUUACAUUUGCACAGCCUUCAAAACCAGAAUCUAAGGUCUAAUUUUUCUUCUAAUCUUUCCUUUUUUUAAUCUUUCUUUAAAUAUAGUGGAGUGCCCUUUUUCUCUUUUGUUUUCUUGAGACCAGAAUCCAGACCAUGAAAAACAAUCCAAAGGUUGAAGAAAACUUUCUAUGUGAUCAAAACAUGAAAACCCAUUUUGCCAUUCCUUGGACCUUCCCCAAGUUAGCAGUUUCUUCCAUCAUUUUGAUUUCUGUUCUCUGCGUCUUCUACACAGUAAGCUUCUUGAAUGCUUCAAACUCAUCAAAUCAGGAACUCAGAAUCAUCAAAACCAUUCAUGUUAUUGAACAAGUGAUAGCCCCACCUGUUUCAUCCCAAAAACCAACCCUCCUAGAAAAAACAACCCUUCACCACAUAGUUUUUGGCAUUGCGGCAUCAGCUCGCUUAUGGGAUCACAGGAAAAACUAUAUCAAACUAUGGUGGAAACCCCAACAUAUGCGUGGCAUCGUCUGGUUAGAUGAGGCUGUAAAUAAUGGAACUGACGACCAUUUUUUGCCACCAAUAAAGAUCUCGAGUGAUACUUCAAAGUUCAAAUACAAGAACCCGAAAGGCCACCGUUCUGCCAUAAGGAUAUCCCGCAUAGUUUCCGAGACUCUACGACUUGGCUUGGAAGAUGUGAGAUGGUUCGUUAUGGGAGAUGAUGAUACAUUUUUUGUACCCGAUAAUUUGGUUAGAGUUUUGUCCAAAUAUGAUCAUAAUCAGUUUUAUUACAUUGGGAGUUCUUCAGAGAGUCAUUUGCAGAACAUAAAUUUUUCUUAUGGGAUGGCUUAUGGCGGUGGGGGUUUUGCCAUCAGUUACCCUUUGGCUAAAGCUCUUGCAAAAAUGCAAGACAGGUGCAUACAAAGAUACCCAGGAUUGUACGGUUCUGAUGAUCGGAUUCACGCUUGCACGGCUGAGCUCGGAGUUCCUCUCACCAAGGAACACGGAUUUCACCAGUACGAUGUAUAUGGUAGUCUCUUGGGCCUCCUGGCAGCGCAUCCUGUUGCGCCUCUCGUCUCUGUCCACCACCUAGAUGUGGUUGAGCCCAUAUUCCCCAAUGUGAACAGGGUCCAAGCCUUGCAACGUCUAAAGGUUCCAAUUAAUAUGGACUCGGCUGGAGUCAUGCAACAAUCCAUUUGCUAUGACAAAACCAGAAGCUGGACAAUCUCGGUCUCCUGGGGCUAUACAGUUCAAAUAUACAGGGGCAUAUUUUCAGUUAGAGAGAUGGAAAUGCCAGCUAGAACUUUCCUGAAUUGGUAUAAGAAAGCUGAUUACACCGGCUUCUCUUUCAAUACCCGUCCUGUUAGCAGACAUGUUUGCCAAAACCCAUUUGUGUAUUACUUGUCUAAUGCAUUAUACAACAAGAACACAAAUCAGACAGCUAGUGAGUAUGUUCAGCACCGAGUUCCAUUCCCUGAAUGUAAGUGGAAGAUGGCAGAUCCUUCACGGAUUGAGAGAGUGGAGGUUUACAAAAAACCCGAUCCAAAAUUAUGGGACAGGCCUCCGCGAAGGAAUUGUUGCAGGGUCUUGCCAACCAAGAAGAAAGGCACCAUGGUUGUUGAUGUCGGAGUGUGCGGAGAAGAUGAGUUCAUAGAACUGCGAUGAGCAAUUUCACUUUUCCUCCCUGCUCUUCAUAGUUGAUUAAAAUUUUUUUUCUCUUAUUCAACCUUAUUUGUCUUAUAUAUCAACGGGUGAUAUGUAAAGAGUAAAAAUAUUUCUUUUUCUCCAACUGAUGUCAAGUAACAACGUCAACAUUGUUAAUUUCGAGUUGAACUCAAAAACCUUACAUAGGGACAAAAACAUGUGCAGGUACAG